AUGACAGCACAUGUCACGGACAGGUUGUACGCGGAAGGAGGGGAGGUCGGCCUUUGCGUUGCUUGGGUCAUGUUUUGGGCUACUUGCCACUUCGUAAUGGCAGUCCCUGCCGGUGUGCUGGAACGCGUGAUGGCCAAUGACCCUCAGGCGAAGCACGGUGGCCAGAGACAGCGCUCUGUCUAUUUGAGGCGACUCUGCCGCCGGCAGCUUUACUGUAUGCUGAGCUUGGUCGCUGCUGUCGGGCUGAUGAUCCGAUCACAGGACUUUCUGCUCGACUUCAGCUGGCUCCACCAGGUUGUAUUCAGUAUGGCCUUUGGGCAUUGGGCUGUAAGUCUCUUGGAGGAUCUCAGUUGCAGCGGCUUUUUGGGAGGAGGACUGGACAGCAAGGCUCUUCCAGGAAUUCGAGAUCCUUUGACAGUUCUUUUCCAGGGCUUUCUGCUCCAUCAUUUGGCUGCUGCAGCGAUGUAUGCCGCUCUCCUUUGCCUCCACCGGCCAAGCUGCGUCGGAACACUCGCGCUCCUCUUCGAGUUGCCGGUACCGCUCUUGACUCGCCGAGAGCUGUCGCAGAUUUCGGGGCACCAAUCCGCGUUUUCCAGGUGGAUGUCUCAACGGAGCUCCGUCAGCGAGCACUGGCGAUUCACGUACAGCUUCUUCGUGGUAGGUCGGGGGGCGCCAACUGCACUCUACGUGUACUCAUUGCUCUGGUUCCAAGACGAGCUCUCGAAGCUGCAGCAGGCCGACUUGUUGCUAUACCACAGUGCCUCCAUCUUCUUCAGUGUUUGGAACUACUCCUUCCUUUCAGUGCUUGAUGCAUGGUCCCGCGCGGACAUGGCUGCAGCUGCACCCCAGGACCUGUUGGAGGAGAAUGGAGACCUCGAGCGAACGGAGCCUUCGGAGCCGGAGGCCUCUGCGCUUUAUGAAGUCGACGAGGAGGUUCUGUCGUCGAAAGGGGAAAGCGGCUUCCUUUGGCUCGCCAUCGAAGGUGUUGUCUACGACCUCUCGCUUUGGAAUGAACAUCCCGGAGGUGUAGAAGCGCUGCGGCAAGUCGCAGGCAAGGAUGCAACUGCAGAAUUUCGCCAGGUUUGCCCGGCCACCCACUCUUCUCUCGCGUCUGUGUCAAAAUACCAGGUUGGCGCUUUGAGACUACCUCCCCGAGAGUACCGCAUUUACGAACAUCCAGUGGAGGAGGAUUCCAUGCGAAGGCUGCUGGUAUUUGCCCUGCCGAGCUUGGUGUUUGGUGUGAUCGGUUUGCAGGUUUUUCUCCAGCACCUUCAAGUGUUUUCCGAGGUUUCGAGGCCUGGUCCACUCUGUGGGCUUCUGGCUGCAGUCGGCGCUGCGGCCUUUGGUCUCGUCCUGCCUAUCAGUCGCCGCCUUGGUACCUCUGGCAGCUCUGGCUUUUGCUGGCGUGCUCAUGCCAUCGCGCUCUGCUUCGUUGGCCUGUACGCGGUCAUUCCGGGCGCCGCCUCCUCCAGCUGGGCACUGCUCGGAGAAGCUGCACCCCAAGGUCUCGAAAGGAUCUCUGUGGGUCUUCUUGCUGUGGAGAUCUUGUUGUCGUCAGCUAUCAGGCCACCGGUGCUUCCCGCAUUUCUGUGCGUCCUGAGUUGGUACGAUCGAGGCCUGCAUUCGUCCCAUUUCUUCGAUGAAGGCGUCUACGUCCCGUGGCGUUGGUGCAUGGCCUGUGUGGGCUUCAUCGUGCUCACCGUGCGGCUGGCGGCGGGCCACGGCGCGGCCGUAAGGAGGGCCCUGAUUCUCAUGGCACUCUAUGCUCCUGCCGGGGUUGGGGUCUACAUUGCGCUGCAGCCGGACUCCAGUGAACUCUUGCAACUCUUUGCAUCACCUUUGAGAGCCGGUCUCCUCCUCUUCGCCAGCUUCGCCUCGCUGUUCGCGGUGUGUGGUGUGCUGGAUGUGGCCAUCCGCUGUUCAUCCCGCUUUGCCACACGCUGUGUAGCCUUCAGUUUCGCGGUCAUGAGCUUCGUUGGUUGCGGACUGUCCAGUUGGCGUUGGCUGAUGGCUGUGGCAGUGCUUCUGCACUUCCUGGAGCUCUCAAGGCAUCACCGCGCUGACUUGGAUAAGGCCGCCUUGGCCGGAGGAUUUGCGGAGCUGCCGUGGCACUUCGUGGGUGCACAGGCGCUUUGGGACACCAGUCGUGUCUCCUUCCUGGGCUCCAUCUGGAGGGCCACCGUGUGCAAUCUGCAGAAUGUGGUGACACCAAUCCUUCCCCAUGAGCUCCGGGUCUAUGCCUGCGAGGCACCAGUUCCAUAUUACGGAGAGCAGGUGGCAAUGGGUCUGGCAGCACAGUAUGUGCCGCCAAAGGCACGUGGGAAAGACCCGCGCAGACCAAAUUUCUUUGUCUGCAACGUUGGUCAGAUCGUGGAGUCCUGCAUAACGGAUCUGCAGCACACUAUGAACACCCUCGUCGAUGUUUGGGAUGAGUUCCAUGAUCCCAAUCUUCCAGGUCUCUGUGCAAACGUGGUCAUGGUGAUCCCCAGCUCUGACCAGGGCUGGGCCAAGGAGAUCAAUCUUUCGGUCUGGGAGUCCGGGAAGGAUGCCUUCGAUUGGUACGUGAAGAGCAAGGGGCACAAGAAAGCACUGAUGGAGCACACGUCUGGCAUCCUCCGCACGUUUGGCAAUCUUUUGGCUUCCCUGGAGCCUGCCGAGCCGAUCAAAUAUCAGGACAGAUGCCGACGAUGCGGGCGCACAGUCGAGGCAGCUGAGAAUUUCAGAGUGACAGAAACAAGAUCGUCAAGUGUUACCUGGUGA